AUGGCGUUGUCCAAGCAAGAGAUCGAGGCCGCCAUCCGGGACGCCGUCCGCGAGGUGUCUGGCAUCAAUCGCGAUAACCUCACCGUCAAUUACAUUCGCAAGUUUACCGAGGAGAAGCUCAGUCUCGAGGAGGGCUUCUUCUCGGAGCCCGAGUGGAAGUCUCGCAGCAGAGCUCUCAUCAAGGAAGUAGCUGAGUCGCUCGACACUGCGUCGCAGCAGCAGAAAAGCUCUCCCGCCAAGCCAAAGACCGACCCGACCCCGGCGCCGAAGCCUCGCAAGAACACCGCGGACGACGACGACGAGGAACCUCCCAAGAAGAAGAAGGCCGUGGCGCGCUCCAAGACGCGCAAGACGGCUGCGUCUGACGAGGAGGAUGGGUCGCCACCCAAGGCGAAACGUGCCCGCAAGCCACACAAGGUUCUCGACAGCGAGCCGGAGAGCGAUGACCCAGAGGACGACUUUGGAUCAGACGGCGACGACUCGGACGACUUGAGUCAAGACGACAGCGAAGAAGAGCCCAGACCCACAAAGAAGCGCAAGGCUGGCCCGGCGCCGAAGAAGCCCGCCAAAAAGAGAAAGACCGUGUCCGACGACGAGGACGAAGAGGCGCCAGGAGACGAAUCUAGUGCGCUCUCGGAUGCGCCCCCAGACGAAGACAGCGAACUCUCGGACGUGAUGGACGAAUCGCCAAAGCCAAAGCCAAAGCCGAAAGCAAAGGCCAAGCCACAGCCGAAGAAGGCGACGCCAGUCAAGAAAGCGACACCAGUGAAGCCCAAGAAGCAACCGGCAAAGUCACCGUCUGGCAAGGAUGAAGGAGACAAGCCAACUGUCAAGCCAAAACCCGACGCCGAGGACGCCGAGUCUAGUGAGCUCUCCGACGUCCUCGACGAGCCCCCGAAACCGAAGCGCGGCGCCAAGUCCAAAGACGCGGCGCCCGCCAAGCCCCGCGCGCCGCGCAAGAGCGGGGCCGCCGCCUCCGAUGACCCGGACGAGGCAGAGGUCAAGAAGCUGCAAUCGCAGCUCGUCAAGUGCGGGAUCCGCAAGGUUUGGGGCGUCGAGCUGCGGGGGUGCGGCGGCGACCCGAAGGCCAAGAUCAAGCACCUGCGCGGGAUGCUGCGCGACGCGGGUAUGGACGGGCGGUUCUCGAAGGCGAGGGCGCGAGAAAUCAAGGAGAGGCGCGAGCUCGAGGCAGACCUGGAGGCGGUGAAGGAGAUGGACGCCGCCUGGGGCAUCGGAGGGCGGGCCUCGAGGAGCAAGGCCAAGGUGGCGGUGAAAGACGCCAGCGACGAGGGCAGCGGAGCGAGCGAGGGGGGCGGAAACGAUGGCAGUGAGGAGGAGGAUGAAGACUUUGGCGUGUCGUCGAAAGCGCGGGGGCGAUCCGGGGCGCAGGCAGACUUGGCGUUCCUCGAUGACGAUGACGAGUCGGGAAGCGAUGACAGCGGGUGA